AUGGGAUCUCCUCUUCCGCUCCCUCCGGCGCGCCUCUCGAUCUCGAGGCCUCCUCCCCCUGCGCUUGCUCCGGCGGCCUCCCCGGUGGUAACGGCCUUGCCGGCGUCCGCCCCCCACCGCUGCUCUUCCCUUUCUUUCCCACUCGUGGCGGCGCCGCGGCGGGCUCUCAGAUCCCGCCGCCGCUCCCGGCGUCUUCACCUCUCUGCGUCCAGUGGGGAAUCCUCGGAAGAACCACAGGCCUCUCGAAACUUCGUCCAGGGCCUCAGGGUCCCCGAGGCCUGGUUGGCCCCUCCCAAAGCCCUCGAGGUAAGGACGACCCCAUUCUCGAGCUUCUGCACCUAUUUGUUCUCUUCUUUUCUCUGGAAUCUAACGAUUCUCCGAGGAUCUUUCGCCAUCAUCCGAUGAGGAAGGGAAGAUGAUUGGGAUAAUAAUCCUCCCAUUUAUGCUGCAAUAUUUCGUGAUUUAAUCUAUUCUCUGAGACCGAAUCCCAUGCCCGAUGGUCUCUAUGCUGGGUGUUCUCUGAUACUCUUCCCGCCGGUGGCUACAGGAGUCGGAGUGGCUGAGAGUGGCUCUGCACAAGUGGCUGGACGAUGAGUUCUGCCCCGAGGAGAUGAACGUGGAGAUCAGCCGGGUCGCUGCCCAGUCGUACCAGGAGUCGCUGCUGGCGAGGAAUCCAGACAUGGGAGACAUCUUGUUGAAGAUGGCUACGGACUUGCUCUCUCUCUCUUACCAGGAGAGCUUCCACGGAGCCUUCUCAGCUGCGAACGCCGCCGUUCGUCUGAUUACCGAGCGAAUGGAAUCCUGUAGUUAG